GGAGAAGGAGCACUUCAAACCCAUCCCUCCUCCUCUGCUCCUCUCCUGAAAAACCCAUCCACCCACCCACCAUGUGCCACACCAGCUGCUCCACUGGCUGCCAGCCCACCUGCUCCGUGCCUGUGUGCUGCAAGCCCGUCUGCUGUGUCCGUCCUUGCUGCCGCCCGGCCUCCUGUGUGGCCCUGCUGUGCCGCCCAGCGUGCCCUAUAGUGACCAGCUGCCAGGCAGUCUGUGGAGCUGGCAGCUGCUCCCCCUCCUGCUGUGUGUCCAGCCCCUGCCAGUCCAGCUGUUGCCAGGCCAGUCCCUGCAGCCCCUCUUGCUGUGUGUCCAGCCCCUGCCAGUCCAGCUGCUGUGUGUCCAGCCCCUGCCAGUCCAGCUGCUGCCAGGCCAGUCCCUGCAGCCCCUCUUGCUGUGUGUCCAGCCCCUGCCAGUCCAGCUGCUGUGUGUCCAGCCCCUGCCAGUCCGCCUGCUGUGUGCCUGUCUGCUGCAAGCCUGUGACCUGUGGGCUCCCCUCCUGCCAGGUCUCCUGCUGCCAACCAGUUUCCUAUACAACCUUGGUCUGCAGACCCACCUGUGCCCCCUCCUGCUGCUGCUGAACAGGAAUGAGUGCUCUAAGCCAUCCACGCAGAGUCCAGAUGAGACUGGAACCUCUGACCUGGGUCGUUGUGCCCACAGCUUUGCAGAUCCCCUAAAACUCUGUAAGCUUUCCCUGGCCACACAAAGCAGGGCUACUGAUCCAGUCAACAGGAGCUUCCAUUUCCCCCAUCCCCUCUCUGAUUCUCACGGCGGUUACUUUGGCUCUGCCAUUGUCCACUUUGCCUGAUGGUGGAUCUUCUCUCAAA